GUCUACAUGUUUGUUGCUAUUUGACAACAGUUCGCUUGUGAUCUUAGCGUACAGUAGAUUUAUAGUGCACAACAGUUUCUGCACAUCGAACGUUCGUGGUGCAUUUCAUUUGAUGUUUAGUAUUAUUUAUGUCAUCUAGGUUAUGUUCCCGAGUUUGGCGAUAGAGAAAAUUGUUUUACUAUUCCUUCACACAGAACAGCUAGUUUUCCCGUUUUACCGAUUUAAAUAGUUUUAGCAUUGCCUCGUAGGCCGAGACGGUCGCUCUAGUGUUAUGUGUGUCACCGGUACUGGACGUCUCUUCUUUCAAGAAACCAGAACACAAAGUUAAAACCAGAUAUGUUCAAGCCAACCAGCCCAGUGCAGCUUUCUCCUGUGGAGGAGCAGGAGAAGCUGCUGGAUGAGGCCCUUGGUGUGGUCAAGGUGCAGGCCUUCCAGAUGAAGCGCUGCCUAGAUAAGAACAAGCUCAUGGAUGGGCUAAAGCAUGCAUCCACUAUGCUCGGUGAACUGAGAACGUCGUUGCUGUCACCUAAGAGCUAUUAUGAACUUUAUAUGUCAAUCACAGAUGAAUUACGUCACCUAGAGCUCUACCUCCUGGAUGAGUUUCAAAAGGGUCGAAAAGUUGCAGAUCUCUAUGAACUGGUGCAGUAUGCAGGCAAUAUUGUUCCUAGGUUGUAUCUGCUGAUUACUGUAGGUCUUGUUUACAUAAAGACUGGCACAUGCCGCAAGCGUGAUUUAUUGCGUGAUUUGGUGGAGAUGUGCCGCGGGGUGCAGCAUCCCCUGCGUGGUCUCUUCCUUCGCAACUAUCUUUUGCAGUGUACACGUAAUGUGCUGCCCGAUGUUGCAGACGUAGAUGAUGAAGCUGAGGGAACGGUGCGAGAUUCAAUUGAUUUUGUAUUAAUGAACUUUGCUGAGAUGAAUAAACUGUGGGUGCGUAUGCAACAUCAAGGACAUUCAAGGGAUAGAGAGAGGCGAGAAAAGGAACGUGAGGAGUUAAGAAUUUUGGUUGGGACAAACCUUGUGCGUCUUUCACAACUGGAGACAGUCAACCUUGAUAAGUACCGCAAGCUUGUGCUACCAGGAAUUCUCGAGCAAGUUGUUAGUUGUAGGGAUGCAAUUGCUCAGGAAUACCUGAUGGAAUGCAUCAUACAGGUGUUUCCAGACGAGUUUCACCUUCAAACUCUGCACCCGUUCCUCAAAUCUUGUGCAGAACUCCAGCCAGGUGUUAAUGUAAAGAAUAUUAUAAUAUCACUGAUUGACAGAUUAUCAACGUUUUCACAACGUGCGAGUGAAGGAGAGGCUGCAUUGCCCAAUGAUGUGCAGCUAUUUGAUGUGUUCUCUGAUCAGGUUGCAACUAUCAUACAGUGCCGCCAGGACAUGCCAGCAGCUGACAUAAUAUCCUUGCAAGUAUCACUUGUGAACCUGGCUCACAAGUGCUACCCUGACAGGGUGGACUAUGUAGACAAGGUGCUGCUCACUACUGUACAAAUAUUCCAGAGGCUUGGUAUUGAUAGGAUUGAAUACAACACACCUCUUGCUCGUGAACUGACAAGACUGAUGAAGAUUCCAGUGGACCAUUACAGUAACUUGCUAACAGUAUUGCAACUGGAGAACUACCCAUCUGUACUGGAACACUUUGACUAUCAUGGCCGUAAAUCGCUUGCAGCCUAUAUUGUCAGCAAUGCUCUGGAAAAUGAGACAUAUGUCUCCAAUCAGGAACAGGUGGAUGCUGUAUUAGCAAUGAUUUCGCCACUGGUCCAAGAUCAGCCAGACCAGCCUGCAGCUGAAGAUGACCCAGAGGACUUUGCAGAAGAACAAGGACUUCUUGGAAGAUUUAUACACCACCUGCGUUCUGACACUCCUGAUCAGCAGUACCUCAUCCUAAGCACUGCACGGAAACACUUUGGAGCAGGUGGAAACAGAAGGAUCAAGUACACUCUGCCACCAAUAGUGUUUCAGGCAUACCAGCUCGCUUUUAAGUACAGGGCCAUCAAGGACCAGGAUGACAUGUGGGAGAAGAAAUGUCAAAAAAUCUUCCAGUUCUGCCAUCAGACUAUCAGUGCUCUUAUGAAAGCUGAUUUGGCUGAGUUGCCACUAAGACUUUUUCUACAGGGAGCUUUGGCCGUUGGUCGUGUGGGUUUUGAUAAUCAUGAAACAGUUGCAUAUGAAUUUAUGUCUCAGGCAUUCUCACUGUAUGAGGAUGAAAUCUCGGACAGCAAAGCCCAGUUGGCAGCUAUAACACUGAUUGUAGCAACUGUGGAGCAGACUUCCUGUUUUAGUGAAGAGAGCCAUGAACCGUUACGGACACAGUGUGCACUUGCAGCUUCUAAACUGCUGAAGAAGCCAGACCAGUGUCGUGGUGUUGCCACGUGUGCGCAUCUCUUUUGGUCUGGAAAGAGCCUCGCAACUGGUGGCAAGGAGAUUCAUGAUGAAAGGCGUGUUUUGGAAUGCCUGAAGAAAGGUGUUCGGAUCAGCAGCCAGUGCAUGGAUCCACUGGUUCAGAUGCAGCUCUUUGUUGAAUUGCUCAAUCAUUACAUAUACUUCUAUGAGAAGGGAUGUGAACAGGUUACUGUGACAAUGCUGAAUCAACUAAUUGCAAAGAUCAGUGAGGAACUGCCAAAUCUAGAAGCUAGUGAAGAAACUGACCAGAUAACAAAACACCUCAGCAAUACAUUAGAUCACCUUCGCAUGCGACUAGAAUCUCCUGAAUCUGAUGGUCCCUCUUACGAGGGACUAGCUAUCUAGUUCAUUUUGGAUGGCAUAUUGAUUGUCUGAACAUGCUGUUAUAGGUCUCCAUUGGUAAUUGAUUUGACUUGGUGGAUAACGUGUAUACAAAUAUUUGCUUUGGAGAUGUUAUCAUUGAUGGUGCAAUGUUGGUGUGAUACAAUCUACAACAGAGAUUUGUUUCUGCUGUCUCAUAAUAAACUUCCUAGCAACUGUCAAGUACAAAAUUCCAUGGCCUGAUCAGUGACACACAACUGUGUAUUGUUUUGGUAAUAUUAGAAUAUGUCUGUCUGUGAAACUUUGAAACUGAUGGUGUUGUGUUUAUGGAAUGAUGCUUAACUUUUGUUGAUGUGGGAAGGUAUUUUUACAGUUGUCGAUAAUUAUUGUUAAAGUUGAACUUCCUCAUCAUGAAGGAUUAAACAACAGCGAAACCUGCAUAAAAAAUCUUGUAAGUCUUUUUCUGAUUGCACAAUUGGUGAUAAGAGUAACUGAGCUUAAUCACAGUGAUUAGCAAUGCUCUGACUGACAAUGUGAUGUGAUUUCAAAUUUCUGCUAAAAUUCAUGCAAAAUAUCUUUAACAUUGUGAUCCUUUAUCUCGUUAAUGUAUGUCAGAAAUCUAGUCAGGGGUCUAGAGAACACUCUAGUUCCUGUUUAACAAGCAAAAGCUCUAAUUACAAUUGGUGCAGAAGUUUUCCACACUGCAGUCCUCAAAAAUAUGUAUGGACAAAGUCUAUGUGGAUAAGAAAGAAAUCUGUUGUGAAGCCAAGGAAUCUCAAAACAUAAGAUAAAUAAAAAUCAAUCAACAUGCACGGGUGUGUGUAGUGGGGGAGGGGGGCUGCACAUGUGUGGGUCUGGCAGCUUCAUGCAUGGGUUUCAACACUGUUAUCAUACUCAUUUAUUUCUUAGCAGUGGCAUUAGUAUUAUUAUUGUGAUUCAAUUAAUACAGUUUGGACAGUCAUUUUAUUUUGUGUAAUGUCAUACUAAUUAUAUCAACAUUUUCACAUUGUAUGUUCUUCAAAGUGUAUUGACAACAAUCCUUAUCCAUAUCACUUGACCUUAGCUGAUAAUUCAUGUGACUGAGUGGGAUAUUAACAAUUAAAUUUUUCCCUUGUUAAAAUACAUUAGGACUUCUUACCAAAUUUUCCUGGAGUUGUCAAAGUCUCUUCUUCGCAUGAGCAGAAAUUACCUGUGCAAUCAGGUGAUAGUGAAGUCACUGCCUAAAUUUGUGGCACGCUAUAUGAAAAAUUAUCAAUUAAUGAAGUCUAUAUAUGGUGCAGAACUAACGAUUUCUUCAUUUAGGUGACUUAUUAUGAAAGAAUUUAAAUGGGAUUUGAGUUUUAGAGCAGAUUGUAGGAUUUUUAAAUUUUGACACACACACACACACACACACACACACACACACACACACACACACACACACUUAAUUCUUAUCUAUUAAGUCACUGUAAAUGUAAGGUUUCGUGAUGUGUCCUGCAAAAUGCUCUGUUGAUCAUAUUGUUUCCCUUUUGAUUAUGUUCAUAUGUCAAAAAGCACAUCAUCUUGCCAUUGGAAACUUAAUUGUGUGCAUGUGAAUGAUUCUUGCCAAACUUUAAAUCUAACGUAAAGCUGAUGUCAGCAGUAAAUGCAUAUUUGUUAAUCAAAACAGUAUCAGAGAAUACUGCUUCCAAUGGCAGUUUAUAUGCCUUAGACAAUUGUAUACUCACGUCUCUCUCUCUCUCUCUCUCUCUCUCUCUCUCUCUCUCUCUCUCUCUCUCUCCCCCCCCCCCCCCCUCUCUGAAGUUACAUCAUUUGCAUUUGCUUAUCCCAAGGAUCUAAUUGGGACAUAAAUUUCCUACGAAAUGUGCAGCUUUUUUUCCCCAAUUUUCCCCAUAUUUUAAAUAAGUUUCACUUAAAGUCUUAUUUCCAUGUGAAAUAAUCAGCUCAAAAUUAUGGUGCAUCUCUCAUUAGUGCCUCUUCAGUCUUGCCUUUUCUUUUGUUAUCUCAAUUUCAUUGUAUUCUGAACACACACAAACAUUUCUUGAAACUAUCCGCACAUUCCACAUGCUUGUCGCUCAUGCCUAUUAAUUAUUGCAGUAUGCAACCUUCAAAAAAUGUUAAAAGAAACCAAAAGGCUAUAUCUCAGUAGUCUUGGAGCUUAUGAAAAUCAUCAACUUACAAUGAAUAGGAUUUGACUCACAGUAUCAGGUGCUAAUAUUCUAAGAACAUUUUCAUUUAGGGCAAUGCAGAUAUUAAAACAGACACACAAUUAUGUGAAAGAGCUGAACUGUAUUUUCUACCUAUAUAUGAAAGUGGGUCAGUGGUAAACUAUUUACCAUGAAAAUAUUUGUUACUGUUUUAAUUUUCAGAAUAAUGGAAAUGAUUCAUACAGAUCAUGGUUGAAAAAAAUUUGUAUUGUUAUAUUCAUUAUUUAAUAUAUAUAUUAUAGUGCCUGUUUUGGAAAUUCCUAUUGUGCAAACCAUCAUUUUGUUUUUACUAGUCUUUGUUUCCCAUUGUGUGUGAUAUAUUGUACAAAUAUAAAUCAUGUUGUGUACAUAUUUAUUACAUCUGUUGUUGCAGAUUUCAUGUGAAUAUUACAUAGUUCCAUUCAAUUGAAUUUUGUCUGAACUGUAAAUAGACUUCAGGGUGAGUCGUAGAUUUACCUUAUUUCCAGUUAACUAGUUUAGGCAUUAAAUAUGUAAUUUUUUUACAAAAUGAGUAAAAUAAAAUUUGUAAUGAAGA